AGUUGCGUAUCCAUGACAGCCGUGUUAUUGUUGUUGUUGGUGGUGCUAACAUUAACGUUAGCAAAGAAAAACCUCAGAGGUGGCGAUAGCUAGCUCCACUAACGUUAACGUUAUACACGCAUGUAGUUUAAGAUGUAAGUUAAACCUAAUUCAUUGGCAAUUUCUGGACCACACAAGAUGCUAAUUUAGUGUAGCAAACUUAAUUUAAAAGGAAAUGUAUUUGGAGGAAUUAUACAAUGCUGUUUGUGCCUUUUUGCUGUCCGUCCGUGUUAGUUAGCUUAUUUUUAGACGUUGCCUCCUCCUAACAUUAGCCGCAACAGUUAGAAGCAACGUUAGCAUCUGUAGCCAAAGCCCUGUCCAGCUUCCUUGCACUAAGGGUUUUUAUCUGCGGGCUAGAGGAAAUGUCAGACCUCCCUUUAACGUUAAACUGUUCCCAGCGAGUCCAGGACGUGGAGGCAAGAAUGAGAGACGAGGGCUUGAGCCUAUAAAACGGAGACAAAGGAGCAUGAUUUCACGAUACAACAGAAGACCUGUAUCGCACAAACUUGAGAUUCGUGGGUUGUCCCGAAGCAGCCUCGACCACCACCCUCUCCCAGAGGAAGCAGACGAUAACCAAACCCCUCAGCGCUACCUCCAUGACCUCCAGGAAGCUCUGUCCGCUCACAACAGCUCAGAGACGUCUGCUGCCUCAGGCCACUCUGACUGUCCCACUGUCAUCUCAGUAGACUCCAACCCAUCCUGGUCUGGUAUCCACAGCUCCACAGACACUGGCAUCUCCACAGAGAGGAGCUCUGUUUUCUCCUGGGGCUAUGAUGAGUUCGAUAAGGCAGCAUCACGGCAGGUGCAGCAAAUGUUUGAAGAGAUCGACAAAGAGCUGUAUGAGGGGAGAGGCAGCGGAGGAGGGAUACUCCAGGGGCUGCAGGAUGAAUGUCAGCAGUGGGCCACACGUUUCCCACAUCUUCGGAUCCUGGGGACUCAGCUGGUGUGUCCCAGUGAUGAGGGCUUCCAGUGGUAUGCUACUUCAGGGAGAGGCAGCUCUGCCAACAGCCCAUCAGCAGGCAAAGAGAGCAGUGAGAAGUCCCAGGAGAAAGAUAAGGGCUGCACAGAGUUGAAUGUGCAGGGCAGGAGAGCAGCGCUGAUCAAGUCGUCCUCAGCAGAGUUGGAUGGCACCUCCAGUGGCUCCAGCAGUCACGACAUGCCGAGAGUGAUUGAAGUGGAGGGUCUGAUGGAGGAAUACCUGGCUUUUGAUAGCAGGGACUUGGAGGACAAUUGGAAGCAGGAUUGUUCGGAAUCGGGUCGGAACUAUCGCUGUCUGCCCCCCGUCUCGCCAUACCAGUGUCGCCGUCAAGCUGUUCUCGACCUGCUGUUUGAUGAUGUGUGGUGGAAGCUGGUUGGCUGGAUGAAAGAGCUGGUUCAACGCCACUGGGAAUGCUGCACCUCAAAUGAUGAAAAGAUUUCUGGGAACUUGAGCCCCGAGCAACAAGACUCCCAGAAUCCCUUCAUGCUGCUCUCCAUGCUGCCCACGAUGCUGCCCAAACUCGGCCAGAGCAGGGUGCCCCCACUCACAGCUGGUCUGCAGUUCCAGGCUGGAAGAGUCCCGGUAGGAGCAGCAGCAACCCAGCACAACCUGAACGACCUCAUCAUGAUCCACAGCAUCCCCCUGCAGCAGAGGAACCUGGGUGUGCUGGAUAGACACCAGGAGCCAGAAGAGCGGGCGUGUCACAGACCAGGCUCCAGCGUGGUCCCCUCCAGCAAACCACGGCCUCACCGAACCCUGGAGCAGAGCUCUUCCUCACUGUCCCGCCCGGCACAGUCUGCCCGACGCAGAAACCCUCCUCCCCGAACCCUCCUGCCACUGGUUCCCAGCCUGAGUCAGUCCAGCACAGCAGGAUCCAUGGAUGAGGUCAUCCGAGGGACACGUCUACCCACAGCCAGCGACCGCCUGACAUCUCCGCUGUUGCCUCUGAGCAGGAACACACUCCUUCCCCCCAUCAGCACUGGAGAUCCAGAGUCAUCUCACUCAGGGCAGCAGUCCAAACCUGCACAGCGUCAGAAAGGCCCGUCCAGCCGCGCCCACAGUGCUAUAAACGAUGAAGCUGGCAGUUCAAUACCAAGGGAUCGUCACCACCUGCUGGACAUCUUCUCUCGCCCCAACACCACUCACACAUACAGGUCGGACACUCCGUACCGUCGUUCCUUCACAGUAUUGGACAACAUCGGGCAAGGCCGGCCAGGCAGAGCCUCUGUGGGCACAGACACUCUUGGAAUUGGUGUGACGGGCAUCAGUCUUGGCAUCAGCAGCUCAUCUUUCUUGGACUCGUUUUCCCACCACCCCUUGGGGCACUCACCCAUCAAAGAUGAAGAAGAGCCACAAGCCCCUGUCCCAGCUCCACUGGUGCCUGUGUCAGUCCCACCUCGGUCUUACACCCGGGGAGGCAUCUCAUUCAGAGCCAGCAGACCUGGCUUGUAGUUUGCCUCUGAUCUCCACACCCUUCAGCCAUUCACCUUUUAGACAUCACAAAAAGUGCAACACUCUGCAGCAUCUGUGCCCACUAAACUUUUUUUUUUUUUUACAGAAGUAGCAGAUUUUUUUUCAUAUUAUUAUGCUGCUUUGGUGAAGUUUUUGUUAGAGGCCUAUUUUUGUACUUUAGAAAUCAGCUUAUGUGGCUGCCAAACACAAAUGACUCCAUCUUCAUGUACAGUAUGAGCUUAAUGCAUAGACAUUUCUACUAUGUAUGUAUGUAUGAUGAUGAUGAUGUGUACAUAUCUAUUUAUAUGUGAAUGUACUGUAUAUUAUCCUCUGUGGUAUGUUGUUGUACUGGUACAUCACUAUGCAGGGAAUAACACAUCCACCCUGACAGGGAUAGAGAGGAUAAAAAGCACUUUUUUCCCCUCUCUGAUCUACAUCAGAGAGUUUUGUACUGUAUCUUUUAUAAGGACACAAUUUUCAACCGCCCUGUGUUAAAAAAAAAAAAAAAAAAAAAAAAAAAAAUUGACCCAGAGCCUCUCAUUGCACACAGGAACAAGAGAUGCCACCUUGUAAGUUUCCGGUUGCUUUUCACCCCAUUGAAGCUCUCAUAAAAUCACAUUAAUCAGAAGUGGGAAUGUGGAGGCUGUAUACGCACUGACAGAGCAUCUCUGCAGCCCAUGUGCUUUUACAACUACUACUGCACCUUGAGAUAAUUUACGAAUGGAAGAGGCAGUUAUAGGAAACUAUGUAAAUAACUAAGGGAUUCAUUCAUUGUGUUUGUACAAAAUACUGUAUUUGUGGUAAUUAAUUUUUAAUCAUUACCUGAUGCUUUGACAGGUAACAUCAGGGUUACUGCACAAAGGGUAGUUUUCCCUUCAUGGGUUAUUAAAACAAUAUAUUGGACAGCCAUGCUGCAAAGGUGACAAAGCUUGGAAAUCUAAGCUUUUCUUCAAUGCAUUUUCUUUGACUAUUUUAUACAAAAUAAUAAAAAGCUGUGUACAAAUGCUGUAUAUAAAUAUGAA